GUAUCGUGAGGCGAGGCGCCCGUUUACUGUUUGACAGACACUGGUAGAGAUGUCAGGCAUCGCUACAAAACUCCAACAGAAGCGGGCUCAAGCGGCGGGCAUCGGUACCAACGCUCAAGCGGCCAAAUUCCUCAACCAGGACUAUGAAGCCCUCAAACGAGAGUGUCUGGAGUCCGGACGCCUGUUUGAGGAUGGCAUGUUUGAAGCCAAUGUGUCUGCCCUCGGGUUUAAGGAACUGGGACCAAACUCGUCUAAAGUGCGCGGGGUUGAGUGGCUGAGACCCAAACAACUGACGUCCAACCCAACAUUCAUUAGUGGUGGAGCGACCAGAACAGACAUCUGCCAGGGCGCUUUGGGUGAUUGUUGGCUUCUUGCGGCCAUCGCUUCUCUUACUCUGAACCAGGACGUGUUUGCUCGUGUCGUGCCAGCUAGUCAGAGUUUUGAUGGCGACUAUGCUGGGAUAUUUCAUUUUCAGUUCUGGCAGUUUGGUGAAUGGGUGGAUGUGGUCAUCGACGACCGACUGCCGGCCAGAAAAGGAGAGCUUCUGUUCGUCCACUCGGCCGAGGGCUCUGAGUUUUGGAGCGCUCUGUUAGAAAAAGCCUAUGCAAAGCUGAAUGGCUGCUAUGAAGCUCUUUCUGGCGGCACCACCACUGAAGGUUUUGAGGAUUUCACUGGAGGCAUCGCUGAGGUCCAUGAACUGCCCAAAGCUGGUCCAAACCUCUUCAAAACCAUCCAGAAGGCUCUGAGUUGGGGCUCAUUGCUGGGCUGCUCCAUAGAUAUCACAAGCUCUUCUGACUCAGAGGCUAUUACUAGUCAGAAACUGGUGAAAGGGCACGCCUACUCGGUUACAGGAGCUGAAGAGGUGGAGUACGGGGGUGACUUAACUAAACUGAUUCGCAUCAGGAACCCCUGGGGGCAGGUGGAGUGGACGGGACCCUGGAGUGAUGGGUCAUCAGAAUGGCGUCAGAUCAGUGACAGCGACCGAGAAAGACUAUUCUCCAAAGCUGAAGACGGAGAAUUCUGGAUGUCUUUCUCGGACUUCAUGCGUCAUUACUCGCGGGUGGAGAUCUGCAACCUGACACCCGACGCUCUGACAGACGAAAGUGUUAAUAAAUGGGCUCUAUCCAAGUUUGAUGGCAACUGGAGGAAUGGAUCAACUGCUGGAGGCUGCAGGAAUUACCCCAACUCAUUCUGGAUGAAUCCUCAGUUUUUGAUCAAGCUGAAUGAGCAGGAUGACGACCCGACUGAUAAUGAAGCAGGAUGCAGCUUCGUUGUGGGAUUGAUCCAAAAGAACCGCCGCAAAAUGCGAAAGGCCGGAGAGGACAUGAACACCAUUGGCUUCGCAAUCUAUGAGGUUCCGGACGAGUUUGUGGGGCAGAGAAACGUCCAUUUGGAUCGUAACUUCUUCGUGCGACAUGCUUCAGCUGCUCGCUCCGAGACCUUCAUCAACCUGCGGGAGGUUUGCUCUCGCUUCUGUCUGCCGCCGGGCGAGUACCUCAUCGUACCCUCCACCUUUGAGCCCAGCAAAGAUGGCGACUUCUGUGUGCGCGUUUUCUCCGAAAAACAAGCCGAGUUCCAAGAGCUUGAUGAUCCUGUCGAGUCCAAGGUUGCGGAGAUUGAGAUAAAAGAGGGUGAUAUCGAUAGCCGGUUCAAGAAUCUGUUCAAGCAGCUUGCUGGAGCUGACAGUGAAAUCUCUGCAUUUGAGCUGCAAAAAAUCCUGAACAACGUGAUAGCUAAACGCAAAGAUAUUAAAACCGAUGGAUUUAGUUUGGAGACCUGUCGCAACAUGGUGAACCUAUUGGAUAAAGACGGCACUGGAAAACUGGGCCUGCUUGAAUUUAAGAUUCUGUGGACUAAAAUUGAGCUGUUUGUGGACGUCUACAGUAAAAAUGACAAAGACCAGUCUGGCACAAUGAGCUCUAUGGAGAUGAGAGAAGCUGUAGAGAAAGCAGGGUUUUCUCUGAAUAACGCUCUGCACCAGAUCCUUGUUGCACGAUACAGCGAAUCCAACCUCACCAUCGACUUUGACAACUUUGUGGCCUGUCUUAUACGCCUCGAAUGCAUGUUCAAGGCAUUUAAGGUGCUGGACAAGGAUAAGAAUGGCACAGUCGAGCUGACCAUGAUGGAGUGGCUGAAUGUUUCCAUGCUCUGAGGAAAGUAAACAAGACUCAGGACGGCUCGGUGGAGUUUCUUACACAUCGCACUCAUACAAAGUGAAGAAUGUUUUAUACAUUUAAACAAAAUGAUUUGAUUAUUGUUCUUCAACAUUAGGUCUGCAUUCAAAUUCAUAUGCUAAAAACAACCGGUUGACUGUUUAGCGUUAUUCUUUAACUGAUAAGCGUUAUUCUUUGGGUGGAAUCUCAAAAUAUGUUAUUAUAAUUUAAUACUGAAUUUAUUUUGCUCAUGGUUUGUAAAUAGUAGUAUACGGGUAUAGGAAACAAUGUGUACGUUUUCCUUCUCUGUCUAAUUGGGGAAUGAAUGUCUUAAAUGUUUGAUGGAUACUUGAAUACUUGUCAUGUUUAAAAAGGGCUUCAUGAAUUUAAUAAAAAAUAACAAUUUAA